AUGCUUAUAGCGGUCUAUGCGGAUUCGGGUGCGACGCCCAAUCUAAUUACAAAGGAGUUGGUAGAUCGGGCUGGUCUGGAUGUGACUAGGUACAUGGGUCUGCCGUUUGAAGGUGUGGCUGAAAUGGGAACGGUUGUGCCCUUAGGGGUGAUUAAGGCACCAGUGCAGAUGAAGAGCUGGCAUGAGCGAUUCUUGCAACCUGUUCUGAGGAUGCUGGUAGUGGGUUCACUGCCAAUGAAGACGGAUGUCUUGAUAGGUCAUGACACCAUGGUUAAGGAUGGCCUAAACCUGAUGUUGAAUAACCGCGGUGCAAAAUGGAGAUCGGAUGGACUUUUUGCUGCAUGA